AUGAAAAUUUGCUCGGUGAUAAACGCAGCUUUCAUUCCAAUUUCAUAUGUUGGACGAUUUGAGAAAUAUAUAACUAAACUUUAUUCAAAUAAUCCGAGUGAUCCAAAAAAUAAAAUGAUGCAUCGGUCGCUACAAUACUCUUUUGAAAAAUGGCCAUUAAAACUGGAUUUAUUAGGAUCAUUCAUCAAAGAAUCUAGGCAGAUUAUUGAAAAAACACUCUCAGACUCAGGAUUAUCCGAUAGCAAACAAAAUAUGUACCUAAUUAUCCUUCGUUCUGUUCUACCCCAGUCACCCCAGUCUUUACAUGGAACUCUAAAGGAAAUUGAGCAAAUUUUCAAAACUUCUUUCAGUGCUGUCAACAAAGUUAAGCUAUACGCAUAUGAUACGAAAUGGAUUGAAUCCGUCUCUAUUGAUAUCGUUCUCAAGUCGC